AUGGAAGUGCAUUCCGGGGUCCUGAAAGCAAGCUCAAAAUACUUCGAGAGUUCAGCGCAGUUCGUAGAAUCCCAGCAGCAGCAGCAGCAGCAAAAUAAUGAUCUGGAAAGCAAGGCAGGCGAUGGCACGAGUCGAUACACGUUCUCCGUCGGUGAAAUCACACGCAGCGACGAAUGUUUCCAACGACUAGUGUUGUUCUUCUACACCCAUCAACCCGAGGAUCUAGGCUGCACCGUGAAAACUGCGCUUCUGUACGUCGCGCUGGCGGAUUUUCUACAAGUAUCCAAGAUCGACAUCUUCAUCCAGGUCGCAGCUCGUGCGCUGAAGGACGCCUACGUGCCCAAGUUCCCGCGAUCUCCCGUAGUCAGUGAGCCCCUCAUGGUCCGUCUCCUCGAGCAACUAGUAUCAGACAUUCAACGGGCGGAGUCAUCAAAAUGCGCUUGCGAGCAUUGUCUGGAAUGUAAGAAGUACAGUGAACGGCAAUCGCAGUCAAUCCUCCAGGCUCUCAUCUUACCAGCGGCGUGGGUAUCGUAUGCACACAUGGAGCGGCUUUCGUAUGAUGUGCUGGAUCUGAGGGUACAUGUGCGCCGGAUCUUCAAGGGGUACGUGGAUCGGAUUCGGAGGGAGCGGAUGCUGGAGAAGAAUCUACUGCGACUGAAGCGAGGGGAGGGUCCGACGACGAUGCGGGAAGCUUUGCAGGCGCUUUAUGCGAGCUAUUUUUACACGGAGGAAUGA